AUGAGCUCCUCAGGCUUCAAGCAGGCGGCUGAAUCAGCUCGCUCAAAGACCAGCGAUGUCCUCGGUGCUGCCAGGGGCGACUCGGCUGCCCUCGCCAAUGACUUGCUGCACUCUCCUGUGGCCAAGGCCAUCCUCCCCUUCGUCAACGGUGGUAUCAGCGGUAUGGUGGCCACCAGCGUCGUCCAGCCCGUCGAUAUGAUCAAGGUCCGCAUCCAGCUCGCUGGUGAGGGAACAGCAGCUGGUCCCAAGCCCACUCCCCUCUCUGUCACUCGACAGAUCAUUGCCAGCGGCAAGGUUCUCGACCUGUACACUGGUCUCUCGGCCGGUCUCCUGCGCCAGGCUGUCUACACCACCGCCCGCUUGGGCAUGUUCGACACUCUCAUGGGAUCUCUUUCCGCCCGAGCCAAGGCUGAGGGCCGUGCCGUUGGCUUCGCCGAGCGAGCAACUGCUGGUCUGACUGCCGGUGGUAUCGCCGCCAUGAUUGGUAACCCCGCCGAUCUCGCCCUCAUCCGAAUGCAGAGCGACGGCCUCAAGCCCCUCGCCGAGCGAAAGAACUACAAGUCAGUCAUCGACGCCCUGGGCGGAAUCGCCAAGAGCGAGGGCAUCGGCGCCCUCUGGGCCGGAGCCGCUCCCACCGUCGUCCGAGCCAUGGCCCUCAACUUUGGUCAGCUCGCCUUCUUCAGCGAGGCCAAGGCCCAGCUCAAGAAGCACACGGAUCUGUCAACCCAGACCCAGACACUCAGCGCCAGCGCCAUCGCCGGCUUCUUCGCCUCCUUCUUCUCCCUGCCCUUCGACUUUGUCAAGACACGCCUGCAGAAGCAGUCCAAGGGUCCCGACGGCAAGCUUCCCUACCGCGGCAUGGUCGACUGCUUCUCCAAGGUCGCCAAGCAGGAGGGUCUCGGCCGAUUCUACCGUGGCUUCGGCACAUACUAUGUCCGCAUUGCACCUCACGCUAUGGUGACACUGAUCGUUGCUGACUACCUUGGCUGGCUCACCAAAUAA